AUGCAGGAUUCAAAGAGUGUUUCAGUAUCUCUAGGAGGACAAUUUGUACUUUCAAAAGAUCAAAGUCCAAAGACUAUCGAGGAGACAAAGGAAAUGGAAAAAGUCCCUUAUGUUAUGGCUCUAGGGUGUUUAGUGUACAUCAUGGUCAGUACUAGACCAGACAUAGCACAUGCUCUAAGCAUUCUUAGCAGGUUUAUGUCCAACCCCAGAUUAGAGCAUUGGAAUGCUCUUAAGUGGCUACUUAGAUAUCUAAAUGGAACUACUGAGAAAGGACUGAGAUACAGACAGAUGGAUCAGAAAGUUACACUUGAAGGUUUUGUAGAUGCAUACUAUGCAGCAAGUAAGGAUACAAGGAGGUCAACUACUUCAUAUGUAUUCACAACAAAUGGAGAUUGCAUAUGUUGGAAGUCUCAACUACAGUCAAUGGUGUCACUAUCAACAACUGACGCUGAGUUCAUGGCCACCACCGAAGCAUUCAAAAAGGCAAUAUGGUUACAAGGAAUCUUAAAGGAGCUGAAAUAUCUCAAAGGCAAAGCUACUGUGUACUCAGAUAGUCAAUCAUCGAUUCAUCUAUGCAAGAACCCGAUUUACCAUGAGAAAACCAAGCACAUCGAUAUUAGACUAUUCUGGAUUAGAGAGAAGAUUGAAGAGGAAGUAGUUGAGCUGGAAAAGGUGAAGACAGAAGAAAAUCCUGCUGACAUUGGUACUAAGGUGCUAUCUAUAGGCAAAUUUAGGCAUUGCUUGGAUUUGCUUAACCUUAGUAACUAA